AUGGUCAACUUUUAUUUGAUCAACUUCUUCUUGGCCUCUACGGCCAUUUUCUCAGCUAUCGUUGCCUUAGGGCUUUUUGUUUAUGUCAUCUACAACCAUUCUGACAGUGUGGUCAGUAAGUUCUUAAUUAAAUCCGUCUUCAUGUUGAGUUGAUUCAGCCCGAAGUGGAAGAAACGCUCAAAUAUCCGAUAUCAGAUCACAGAUCCCAAUGGAGUCGAUGGGAUUGGAGAGUAUGAGUAAGCCGAAAAGACAAGCAGAAUACGACUUUGAGACCAUCGAACAGCCUUCGUCGUCUACCACCGAAUACAGCUCUUACGAGACCAUCGAACCUCUGGCCGAGAAGAUAAUCGUCCAUCCAGAAUGUCAUUCCUCUGACGGAAAAUGCUGA